UUACUUAAACAAUAUGAUAGGAGACAAUUAUGUCAUGAUUUUACUUAAGCAAAUGUUAAUAAGUUAUGUUGAUAAAUAUUAGGAAAUAAUUUAUAGUUUCAAAUAUGGAUAUACUAUUAAGAUAACACCAUGAUGUUUUGGCAGGGAUUGUUUAUGAUUCUGUAUAUUUCACAAACAACAGGGUAUGUCGAUAUUGAAACUACAGAUAACCCUUUAUGGAUAAAGAAAUCCAGAUCGUUCAAUCUGUCAUGUAGCGGAGAUAAAAAAAUGUUUUGGUCCAAAAGUUCCGAACCAUUGGAAAGCAAUGAUAAUGUAGUUAUCUCGAAGCAACGUUUGGUAACAGGAAGUACAGAAAAACACGUGACGAAGAUUGCGAUCGGCAAAGCCACUUCAUCAGACAGUGGAAUUUACAACUGCUCAGAUGGAAUAGAACAAAAAAGCAUAGAGGUCAAAGUUGUUCAAGGUCGUGUAAAGAUAUACCCCUCCAGUGGAAUAACAGCAUUUGAAGGUGAAACGUUAACCCUUGUUUGUGAGUAUGAAGGGGAUACUAGACUGGAUGUAAACUGGUACAAAGACCAGAAAGAAUCACUCGCUAGUUACGGAUUUGUGUCCAGCAGACGAACGGUGUCCAAUCAGAAUGUGAAAACUACCUUACAAACAACUAAAACCCGACUAUCAAGAUCUGAUAGAAGUUCUUAUUACUGUGAAGCUGGUCCGUAUAUCAAGACAAUUGCAAUAAAUGUUCUUACAGAUUCUUGUAAUAAUCGACUGGUUUCUGGUAUGAAUGGUGUACCAGAUGACAAGAUCACAGCUUUAUCAUACUACAAAGAUAUUUUGCAUGAUGACUCGCCAUAUUGCGCUCGUCUCAAUCAUACAAGCAAACCUUUCUGUGGAGGAUGGUCUCCUAUCGCUAUGAAUACGAGACAGUGGAUACAGGUGUCAUUUCCACAUUUUACAAUAGUACGAUCUAUAGUGACUGCUGGGAGGUAUACAAACGAACCACGAAAUGAAUGGGUAACGGCUUACAGAGUUAUAUACAGUAAGGAUGGAAUAAACUGGGAUAAAUACAAAGAUACCAAAGGCAAGAUAAUGGAUUUUGUAGCCAACUUUGACAAAUCGACCCCGGUAUCUACUGAACUUCCCAUACCAGUUGUUGCUAGAUAUCUACGCCUACAACCAAUAUCAUGGAGUCAGAAGAUAUCUCUCAGAUUUGACGUGGUUGGAUGUUUACUACCCACUGAGUUGCGUAUCACACAGGAAGACACUGGGAAAUUAAACUUGCUCAUCCCGAACCAGUUAGAUCUUAAAUGUAGCUCCACUGGUCCAUUCAGACCUAAUAUUGUGUGGUAUAAAGAUGGCGUUAGAAUCUUGGACAGUUCUGGAUUCACUCAGACAGUAAAUACGUCGUGGCUAGAUGACAAGAUUGUGUCUACAGCUUCUCUCACAAGGGAGAUAACUAUGUACAAUGAUUCAGGACUGUAUACUUGUGUCGACAGAACGAGUAAACAAAACAAGUCUGUAACAGUGGAAGCUGCACAAUUGAAAAUGAGCCCAACCUUUAAACGAGUAUGGGUUCUAAAGAAUACAGAACUUACAGUUUCUUGUGAAUAUUCUGGUUCAAAGACCAAACGAAUAACUUGGAAACACAACAGAAAUAAAAAUGUACAAAGUUUAGGUUUUCAUGUGGUUACAAACACCAAAUUUGAACACAGUGUUUCACACACUACAUCGACAAUAACAAAGGACACUACGACAUUAGAUAAUGUAAACAAUAUUACAUGUUCUGAAGGGGAUCUGUCCAGGACUGUACAAGUGAGAGUGUUGUCAGGAGAGGGACUUGCACAGUACUUGGUACCUGGCCAAGACUUGAUAUUAUCAUGUGAAAUAGGGGAAGUAGACGUCGCCUACGAAAUCUAUUGGACUAAAAAUCACAAGCCACUAAAUAUGAUAGAAUCAUUGAGAGGAAAAUACGAAUACAGUUCUGAUACCAAAACUUUAACAAUUCAACAUGCAGACAUAGUUGAUGCAGGUCAUUAUGAGUGCAAUAUAUUACUCGAAGUCGGGAGCAGCCAACAACAGCAUCUAACUCUUCCCAUAGAGGUCAAUGCUAAACCCACGAUCACACUGGAAGGACAGAAAGAGGUAAAGAACGGUGACACUUUACAUCUAUACUGCAAAGUGUCUGGUUACCCUGUUCCUACGAUAUCUUGGUAUAAAGAUGACAAUCCAAUAACUGGUGGAGACCGAUGUAAUUUUCUUCCAUAUGAUGACACACAGAAAGGCCAUUUUGUGUUGUUUGAUAUUAACUCGGACGACAAGGGAAAAUACCAAUGUCGAGGGACUUCAGCGGAGUUUGAAUCAAUAGAAUCGUUUCUGUCUAUAAGGGUUAAAGGUAACCUAUUGACAGACAACAUGUUAAUUAUAUGUGUGGCUGUAACUGGUUCAGUAAUAGUUAUAACAAUACUCUGUUGUGCUGCCUGCAUCAGAUGUAGAUCAAAACCCAAGCAUCCAUUGCAGCACAGGACUCCACUGCAAAACAAACCUUUAUUAACAAGACGAUAUGUUGAUAUGCAAGUAAUAACGCGUGCCAAAAGUAUGACGUCAUUGGAAGAAAUUGACCAACUACCGCCUCCACCGCCACCUGUUGAUCCAUGGGAAGACACAUCAACUAUAGACGAUUCUUCGUUGACAUAUGAACGUAUACCAAAAAUUCGCGACAGGCAAAUUUCAUCAGCAUAAAUAAAUAAGCUUGAUUAAAAUUAUUACCUUUGCAGAAAGUCUGCUAUUUAUAUGGAUAUUUUUCAUGUGUGAUGUUAGAUUCACAACGGUUGAAACGUGAUAUAAUACUAAUUAAUUGAUGUCAACAUUAUUGUUUCUACGACAUUAACAUUCAUUCUUAAACGAGUUUAUAUUUUAUAUUUAUAACACCACAAGCAAAUAAUUGAUGAAGAUUUAUCCAUGCACUUGUA